AUGGCAGACCGUCGAAAGAAGAACCAGCCAGCGAAGAUAAUUCCAGGGAUAGGGGCGAAGAACCCGAGAAAAGCCCCAGAGGGAGGAUUAGAGAACGAGCGAAAAGGGGGAGACAAGCUGCCCCCACAUACACCGCGAACAUCGGCGAUAACGAUCACGCUGAAGGAUAGAUCAGGCCAAUCCUAUGCGGAGGUGAUAGCCGCGGCCAAUGACAGCGUCUCUCUGGCCGAGGUCGACAUCAAUGCGGUAAGGAUGCGGUACGCCGCCGGUCUCAGCGCGGGAGUGUUCGGGAGUGCUCGCGGGAAUAAAGCGCCAAUUGAAAGUCCGCGUCGGGGAAUCAAUACGCCGCUGGACAUAGCCACCGGGAAGCGAACAGCAGCAGGAGCAGCCGCAAGACGCGGCAAGGAGCCGGUGAUGCCGACGCUAGGACAAUCGUCGCCAGGCGCAGAGGCCAGAGUGGUCCUCCAGCCCCUGAGGAAACAGAAGGAAAAGAACGCGGCCACUCCAAGCCCGAGGAUACCAGAGAAGACGACGAGAGCAAGCCUGGGGAGAAACAACCCCCCAAGAGAUGAGGAGAAAUUGGCCAGAGAGGAUAAGCGGCAAGUGCCCGAUAUAAAGGCACAGGCCAGUGACAUAGAGAAGAAGGUCACGGCGUUCUGCUUAGACUCGGCCAGAAAAAUAAAUAAAGAACACGCCGCAGUAAUCCUGCGGUAUUUCAAAGAAAUGAGGGGCAUUGUUGACGAGCCACUGCUCCAUAAUAGCUACCUGACAGGCAAGCUAGAGCAGAGUGCCGGAGAGGAGAAGAACAAGGAAACGGCGAUACUGAACGCCGUCAGCAAAGCAACCAGGCGGCUAGAAACAGCCGUCUUGAGAACGACGCAUCAGGAACAGAGAGAGCCGACAUACGCGGAGAAAGUGAAGAUAACGAGCAACAAGGUCGAGCAGACGGCGGUGAAGCCGCCGAAAAAUGUGGUCAUAAUUCGACCGGAAAGAGAAGGUGGCGAGAUUCAUUCGAGCGAAGAAGCACUUGACGCGGUGUUCACCCUAGUGAAUCCCCGCAAGAGAGGAAUCCAAGUCACGGCCGUCCGGAAAAUAAAGGGGAACGGCCUAGCUGUUGAGACGACGAAGCCGGAGAGUCUAAAAGAGUUCACCGAGAACUCGAAACUAAAGGAGGCUGGACUAAAGGCAAGCACGCCGCAGCGGAGACACCCCAGGAUGAUCAUUUACGACGUCCCGAGAGACAUUCCAGAGAAGGAGAUCCUGGCCUGCAUGAGGAAGCAGAACCAAGAAAGACUAAAUGAGGACGACGUCGCAGCCAUCAAGUUCUGCUUCAGGACCGGCAGAAAGGAUCAAGAGGAGACGAACUGGGUCAUCGAAAUGCCCCCCCCCCCCCAGGUAAGGGAGAAACUAUUGAGAGGAAAGAUCUUCCUCUCAUGGAACGCAUGCAAAGUUAAAGACUACAUAGCAAUCAGUCGCUGCUACAAGUGUCAAGGAUACGGACACGUGGCAAAAUAUUGCCGCGUUAACUAUGAAAUCUGCGCGCACUGCGCAGAAAGUGGGCACAGCACUAAAGAGUGCAAAGACAAGGAUGGGCACGCCACCUGCGUAAACUGCAGGAAGGCAGGGAAGAAGGGCGACCACGCAGCUUCCAGCGCGAAAUGCCCAGUGUACACGAACGCCCUGGAAGCAAUAAUAGCAAGGACGCACUAUGAAUAA